UCUGUGUACGAUGUGGACACACUCAUCCAGCUGUGUAUAGCUUGAGGUGUAGUCACAUUGAAUGAAGCACGUGAAGAACAUUAAGGAAUCAUUCAUGACUACUAGCUCAGGUAGAUCACAUUAUAUCAACUAUCAAGCUGUCAUUGAUAUGUUGGUUAAGGGUUGAUAGAAAGUUGUGCUGCAGGGUCAUCAACAUCCAAAAGUAACUAGAGAAAUCAGCAAUAUAAGAAAAACGGAACAGAAGACGGGAAGAUCAAGAGGUUUGCCUUCAUUUCCUAUACUGUGCUAAAAGAUGGCCGCAAGCAAUUACUCUAAUUUUGAACUUCCUCAGCAUCACAAAGAUGUUCCUCGCAGCCUUGAUAACAUUGAUAGCUACAACCAAACUGUAAUAAACCACAGUAUGGGAUUUUGUGACAUAAACCCAUCGGAAUGUAAUCUGACAUUGGAGGAACUGCUCUUCAAGUACCUGGGACCCCGUAGAUCCAACUAUUUCACUCCAAUUUGCAUAAUAUACCUGAUUAUCUUUACAGUUGGUGCCGUUGGAAAUACUUUGACUUGUAUUGUGAUUAUCAAACACAAGAUUAUGAGAACUCCUACAAAUUACUACCUUUUCAGUCUUGCCAUCUCAGAUUUGUUGGUUCUACUUUUGGGAAUGCCUUUGGAACUUUACGAACUCUGGAGUAAUUACCCGUUUCUUUUUGGGAAAGGUGGAUGCUCAUUCAAAACUCUGCUAUUUGAGACAGUUUGCUUUGCGUCCAUCCUGAAUGUGACGGCACUCAGUGUGGAAAGGUAUAUAGCGGUGGUUCAUCCUCUUCGUGCUAAGUAUGUUGUGACAAGGAACCAUGCCAAGAGAGUCAUUGUCUCUGUCUGGGUUUUGUCUAUUCUGUGCUCUGUACCCAACGCCAGCCUUAUUGGCAUUCACAACCUGUAUAUAAUUGGUUAUGGAACAAUACCUAAUUCUGCCAUAUGCACUUUGGUUCGUCCUAGGUGGAUUUACAAUCUUGUUAUUCAGAUUACCACCAUUUUUUUCUUUUUCCUACCAAUGUGUACCAUAAGUGUCCUGUAUCUGCUCAUCGGCCUCCAACUUAAGAGGGAGAAGAUGCUUCAAGUAUUAGAAGCUAAAUCCGGUGGAGAUGGAGAUAGUUACCAAAAUGUUAGACUACAGCAAGAAAAAAGCAGAAGGAGACAGGUCACUAAGAUGUUAUUUAUCCUGGUGGUGGUGUUUGGGCUCUGCUGGGCUCCUUUCCACACUGAACGACUGAUGUGGAGCUUUAUUAAUAACUGGACAGGUGAAAUGCAUCAAAUGUUCAGCUUUGUCCAUGUUAUCUCCGGAGUAUUUUUUUAUCUCAGUUCUGCAGUCAACCCAAUCCUGUACAACUUACUCUCUACUCGUUUCCGUGAGAUGUUUAAAGAGGUUAUGUGCCACGGAAGGAAGAAGAGGCUUGGUUCUCGGAGGUCUUCCCCCAGUGUUACACGUGUCACCACACGAAGCACAGUUUGUGAGCAUGUCCCAGGAAAUGGACUUCCCUUCGCUGAGGUGGAUGAAUUUGAUGUAUAUGAAGAAUGUGGACAAAAAUGACAUCUUAUUUUUGAUCUCCUCUAUCCAGAACUGUCAUUUUUAUUUUGCACUGGAUUGUGAACGCUAAUGCAUCUGCUAUCAUUGCAGACUUCUGUUGUACUUACACAGAAAUAUCCAACUCAGUGGAACCACGAAACACGUAACAAAAUGUUUCUCAGAAGACGCAAUGUCUGGUAGUAUAGUGGUCAAGACCACUUCCUUUGACUACUGCAUAGAAUAAAAAUAGCUUUUUAUGACAAGAGAACUGUGUAGGUUACUCCACACUGUCUUCUAAAAAUUACAAGAAACUUAUAGCUGAUCAGGGAUGUUAUAUAUAGAAAUAGGGGGAUCGGAGACCUUAGAUUUAUCACUUAUUCACUACAGUGCUGUCCCUACAACCUGCUCUGUCUCACAAUAGAAUGUAAUAAGAAGUGGAAUAGGCUGGGGCCUGCAUUCCAGAAACAGAAACAAGACAGGUUAAUAAUGUGUAUGCACUGCAACCUCUCACGUAGCCAAUAAUUUACUCAAUUAUAGCCUCAUAUAAGUAAAACAAGAUGACAAGAUUGUAUGGUAUGAAAUAGAAGAAUUUCUUAUUAAAGAGCCACUGAACCUAAAAUAAUGAAGUUCUAUAAAAAUAAUGAAAAGGAAACAUUUCUAUAUAUAAAAGACAAAAUUGUUUCUAAUAAACUUCUUGAAUGUAUAUA